GGGGCGGCAGCGGGGGUUCGGCGCCGGCCGGUUCGCUGGGCCCGCCCCGUUACCCCCGGCCCCCGCCCGCCGCGCGCCCGCCAUGAGCCCGCGCCCGCCGGCCUGAGGCGCCGCCGGUGCCGGAGCGCUCCGCCAAGAUGGCGUGUGUGCUGGAGGCGCCGCUCCGCAUGAGCGUCCUCUCGGAGGUCACAGCCAGCAGCCGCCACUAUGUCGAUAGAUUGUUUGAUCUCGACCCCCAAAAAGUCCUGCAAGGUGUCAUAGAUAUGAAAAAUGCUGUAAUUGGAAACAACAAACAAAAAGCCAACUUGAUUGUUUUGGGAGCAGUUCCAAGGUUGCUGUAUUUACUCCAGCAAGAGACCUCAAGCACAGAGCUGAGAACAGAAUGUGCAGUGGUCCUGGGCAGCCUUGCCAUGGGGACAGAGAACAAUGUCAAAUCCCUCCUAGACUGCCAUAUUAUCCCAGCCUUAUUGCAAGGAUUGCUCUCGCCAGAUUUGAAGUUUAUUGAAGCUUGCCUGCGAUGUCUGCGCACCAUUUUCAUCAGCCCUGUAACUCCAGAGGAUCUGCUGUACACAGAUGGUACAGUUAUCUCCCACCUCAUGGCACUGCUCAGUAGGUCUCCAUACACACAAGAAUACAUAUGUCAGAUCUUCUCCCACUGCUGCAAACUCCACCACUGGCAUAGCUGCGGCUUUAACUCAUUGCCUCAGCCACUUCUGUGUGCCAAUGGUCCAGAUCACCAGACAAUCUUAUUUAACCAUGGAGCUGUUCAGAACAUUGCACAUCUGCUGGUCUCCACCUCCUACAAAGUCCGAAUGCAGGCAUUGAAAUGCUUCUCAGUUCUUGCCUUUGAGAACCCCCAGGUAUCCAUGACUCUGGUCAAUGUGUCUGUUGAUGGAGAAUUGUUACCACAGAUUUUUGUGAAGAUGUUACAAAGGGACAAGCCCAUUGAAAUGCAGCUCACGUCAGCCAAAUGCCUUACUUCCAUGUGCAGAGCCGGAGCAAUACGGACGGACGAUCCCUGCAUCGUUCUGAAGACUCUGCCAUGCUUGGUUCGAAUGUGCAGUAAGGACAGACUGCUGGAGGAGAGGGUGGAGGGGGCAGAGACUCUGGCCUACCUGAUAGAGACAGACGUGGAGCUGCAGAGGAUGGCCAGCAUCACCGACCACCUCAUCGUCAUGCUGGCCGACUACUUCAAGUACCCCAGCUCCGUCAGCGCCAUCACCGACAUCAAGAGGCUGGACCAUGACCUGAAGCACGCCCACGAGCUGCGCCAGGCCGCCUUCAAGCUCUACGCCUCGCUGGGGGCCAACGACGAGGACAUCCGCAAAAAGAUCAUUGAGACUGAGAACAUGAUGGACCGCAUUGUUAACGGCCUGUCCGAGUCCAGCAUCAAGGUGCGCUUGGCUGCAGUCAGGUGUUUGCACAGUUUGUCCCGUUCUGUCCAGCAGCUCAGGACAAGUUUUCAGGAUCAUGCUGUAUGGAAGCCUUUAAUGAAGGUUUUACAGAAUGCUCCAAAUGAAAUUCUUGUAGUAGCAUCUUCCACGCUAUGCAAUCUUCUUCUGGAAUUCUCUCCAAGCAAGGAGCCUAUUUUAGAAUCAGGAGCCAUAGAACUUCUAUGUAGUUUAACCCAGAGUGAAAAUCUUGCCUUGCGAGUGAACGGCAUUUGGGCUUUAAUGAACAUGGCGUUUCAAGCAGAACAGAAGAUCAAGUCAGACAUCCUGCGGGGUCUGAGCACAGAGCAGUUGUUUCAGUUGCUUUCUGAUUCCGAUGUAAAUGUUCUGAUGAAAACCUUGGGACUGCUCAGGAAUCUUCUCUCCACUCGCCCACACAUAGACCACAUAAUGAGCACUCAUGGGAAGCAAAUCAUGCAAGCAGUGACCCUCAUUCUGGAAGGGGAGCACAAUAUAGAAGUCAAAGAGCAGACAUUGUGUAUCCUUGCCAAUAUAGCAGAUGGCACAACAGCAAAAGAACUGAUUAUGACCAACGAUGACAUCCUGCAGAAAAUCAAAUACUACAUGAGUCAUUCAAAUGCUAAACUACAGCUUGCUGCCAUGUUCUGUAUAUCUAAUCUCAUAUGGAAUGAAGAGGAAGGUUCACAGGAGCGCCAGGACAAACUCCGAGACAUGGGAGUGGUGGAUAUUCUACACAAACUGAGUCAGUCCUCAGAUCCCAAUCUGUGUGACAAGGCGAAGACAGCACUCCAGCAGUACCUUGCAUGAUCAAAGACUAAUUGAAUCUAUGGACACCCCUCAUGUCUACUUAAGGAAUAGCAGGAGAUAUUCCUGACUCCUUAUAUUUGCACAAGUCACCUUGGGCUGCAUUUUUCUCAGGUGCAGGGAGCUGCUUUGCAGAAACAGUUCGAAUGAUCAGGUCUCCAAUGCACUUGAGAAUUUUCUUGAGGUAGUUUCUUUACUCAGAGGACUCGGGGUGGGGGGGUUGUUUUGGUUUUUUGGGGUUUUUUUUCCUGAGCUACCUGGACUCUCAGAUAGAACAAUCAGUCAUCGUUUUCCUUUUGGGCCUCCAAUUCUCUGCUUUUGCUGCAGCCUUGUGUGGGUGCGUGGGUGCUCGAGUGCGUGUGUGUGCUGGGCUGAGUGUGUGGGUGUGAGACCUCACUUUUGGUUUUCCUUUUUUUUUGUGUGAAAAUCUUUUUCUACAGGUUUUCAAGGGUUAACCAUUGUUUGCUGUACGAAUACUUCAAUGAAUUAUAUACCGUUUGAAUGAAAUGUUAUUUAAAAAAAAAAACCAAACUGUUGUAUCCCAUAAAGUUUAUUUUGAAUUUUGAAGAGAUGAAUGUUUUUAAGUAAAAUAUAUGCAUUUCUGAACUUCA